AUGUCUGCCAAACAGCGUUUUCCAAAACCACUUGUGGUUGGCCCUCUGAAACAACCGUUGAAACAAACGUUAAUUUGGCUGCACGGCAGAGGAAGCAGUGGUCCCGAAUUUGGCCCAGAUCUCCUCACGCAUGCAAUAAACCCCAAUGGCAGUGAUACCCUGGUCACCAGGUUUCCGCAUGCCCACUUCGUGUUUCCCAGCGCACCGCUAAGCCGUGCACACGUCUACAACCGGUCACUGACGCACCAAUGGUUCAACAAUUGGAAACUCGACCCACCGGCACAAGAGCGUGAGCAUCUUCAGGUCCCGGGGCUUCAGGAAACCACAAAAUACCUACACACGUUGAUAGCAAGGGAAAUCGAAAUGGUUCCCGGGGGUGCCGGCAGUGUGAUUCUUGGCGGGUUGAGUCAAGGCUGUGCGGCCGCGCUCGUUGCUGCUUUGUUAUGGGAAGGUGAUGAUCUAGGUGCCGUGGUUGGCAUGUGUGGCUGGCUUCCUUUUGCGGGGAGGAUGCAGGAUGUAGCUUCAACUGACGAGGAUGAUUUAUUCGAACGAGAUGAUAAUGCAGAAGACAAGGCUCAGGAUGCCUUUAACACUGCGGUUGAGUGGCUCAGAGAGGAACUCGACAUUCCUGCUCGCUCAAAGUCGGACAUGCUCAAAAGAACUCCUGUUUUCCUUGGACAUGGCGUUGAGGAUGAUGGAGUAGACGUUUGGCUGGGGCGAAAGGCGGCAAGUUGUUUGAAGGAUUUGGGUGUCGAUGUUUGCUGGAAGGAGUACGAGCAACUUGCGCAUUGGUAUUCGGAAAAUAUGCUGGGGGAUUUAGAUGCUUUUCUACAGUCUCGCUCCGUAGCUCAAUAG